AUGUCGUCGUCGAUCAACUCGGUUCCGCCCAUCGAACUCGCGCAUCGAUUCAUUGUGAGCAAAGGCGCAGAAGCUUCAGGAACACCUCAUUCCAGCACGUCAUCGAUUUUAAUGCGGAUCCGGUGUCAUGCAUCAGCAACUCGACGGGAACGGUGUCCUAUGACUCCAUCCAAUCACCAGUUUUCCUUCCGUCUGCCGAAGGCUCGGAGCCCGUCGAGCCCACGCAUGUUCGCAUCCAGAAUUCCGUUCCUUUCCUUCUAGAAACACCCAUUCUAGUGUAUUCGGCAGCCGCCACGUGCUCACCACCGUUCAAAACUUCGGAAAGUGCUCAAAGAGGAGCUGCUUCAGACGCUCGUUCCAGUUGACAUCGAUCUGUUCAGAGCGAUGAAAAAGUAAGCUGCAUUUGCCAUGAAUGCUCGUAAUUUGAAAACAUGUGUCCUUUUAGAGAGCAAAAGACGAGAAGCCAUGAAGUGAGCAGCACUUCGAAAUGCGUCUACAACUGGCUGGAUGUGAACAAGGAAGUGCGAUCGGGUCUCAAGGAAUGUUUCGAGAAUUUCAAAAAGCCAAAGGGAGACGAGAAGCGGAAAGCGGUUUAUUCGAUGAGCAUCGAACUGCCCGUCCGCAAGAAGACCGCCGCUUUUGACAUUACGCAAAAGGUAUCGGAGAUUUUUAUGGGACAUUGUAGUACCAACACAAUACUAAAAUUUCCAGACCAUCUCUCAGAAGCUCUCGACUCGCAUUCACAAUCAAUUCGGCGCCGCUCUCAACGGUCAGCAGCAGACAAGCUUGGCACUCAAAGUUUAUUCUCGUAAUACAAAUUAAUGAAUAGGUUUUACCAUCUUUCACUCUCGCUCUAUCGAACUGAGGCCCCAAAAGAUGUCUGCCAAGAAAAAAACUCAAAGGCGGCGGCAAUCAUCAAUUCCAAAGGGGGGGGGGGAACCCAUUCGCUUGUUGUGUUAUCAUCCGUCGGUCGGAAAGCAUUAUCAGCCGCUUCUUCGAUUCCACUAUCAUUUACAUAAAUCUGGUGGCGGGCCGCUGAUAUUAGAAUUAUUAUGAUCGUCUCUGUCUUCCCUUUCCUAUCCUAUCCGUCCCAUUCUUCACUUUCAUUUCAUUAUUCGCCUCCCCCCCCUUGUGAUCACCAUCCAGCGCCACUUUUGCUGCUUCUUCAAACAAAUGCGGGUCAAUGACUUUUUCAAGAUAUUCUCAAUUUGUGAAUGCGAAAAAAAAACACAAAAGUUUCGUGACGUGGCAUCCCAUCCAAACACUUGUUCCGAAGAGACAAGACCAGUUGUUUUCGAACCCGUUCAUCACUUCUCAUCCACCAAACUAGGCCAUUAUCUCUACUUACUUUAUCACUUUUUCCUGUUCUCGCUUCUUCAUCUUCUUUUUGGUUGGGUGCCCGGAUAUCUGUUAUUGAUCGCCACCACUUCCAGUCUGUCCUUCCAUUGUGAUCUUGUCACUCUGAUUUCGAAAUUCUCGUCGUCGUUUUCGUUUUCACUUUUCGGAAAAUGAACGAGGAGAAUGCAUGCCAACGCUUAAUUUCUUGUCGAAUGAUUAAUGAUCAAGCAUUGAUAUUAUACGUAUCCCCAAGCCGCCUCGAUCUCUGAGUCUUACCAGUCACUCAAUCUUCUUCUUUUUCAAACAGAAUUCAAGGAAACUUUCAAACUUCAAUUUGCGAGAUGAGAUGAGACCGCUCCGUUAUGACUUUACGAUAUCGGUAGGUACGCUCGAAAGUUAUUUUUUCCUCCCAAAUAACUUUCAGAUUUCUGUGCUGCUCUUAGUCUCUUUCUCCUCUUCAAAUCCAAUCGAUAAUGGCCUAAUAGACUCGGAGUUGAUUCAUGGUGAUUCAGAAGAGUUACGGUAACCUUCUAAAACUUAAACUUCUAGAGUGUGUCACCCACAAGGCCGUCGAAGUGAUCCUUUUGCUGGACGCCAGUGGUUCCAUCGGAGAUGACACGUUCAAGAAACAGCUAUCCUUUGCAAUGCACCUGGCUUCUCGUCUGAACAUCUCUGAAGAGGGCUCCCAUAUGGCUUUGAUUCAGUACGCUGAAACUCCGAAGCUAGAGUUCUCACUCGGACAAUUCAAUCAUCCCACUCAAGUUAGUACAGUACAGACAUACUGUUUCAUUACCGCAUGCACUUUUCAGUUAGAAUGGGCGAUCCAGCGAAUAGAGUAUCAGAGCGGAGCCACAAAUACCGGACAAGCUCUUCGGCUGACUAUGGACAAGGGAUUGCAGGGAGCUCGUCCGGGCGUGCCCAAAGUUGCCAUCGUCAUCACUGACGGACAAAGCCAGGACGAUGUUUCAGAGCCGUCGCAGUUGCUCCGCGAUGCUGACGUCAUGGUGUACGCGAUCGGAGUGACCAACCUGGUGAACGUCCACCAACUCCAUCAGAUGACAGGGAACCCGGUGCGAGUGUUCACAGUGGAGUCGUUCGAGCAGUUAGACAAUGCACUGGCUGAUUCGCUGACUUGGAGCAUGUGCAAAACAGAGUUUCGUGAGUUUGGCACCAUCUAGGCAUCAAUAGAACCACGUUCAGGUCCUGGCACUCCUGAAAUCAUAUGCGGACCCGAUCGAAUCGGAGUGAAAGCCUCCACAAAACAGCCGUUCGAAGGAAACGUUUUUGUCCAGGAUCACUUUCACGAUGAAGAGUGCAGAGCUGGCCCGGAAAAGUUCCCCGACGCUCGGAGCAUCGGACUCACCGUCCCGUUCUCCGCAUGCAACGUCCAUCGAUACAGAUCGGUAAGGAUUAAGGUAGUAUUGAAAUGCUCAGAGUCCAAUCCAAUCACUACAGCUAAAUCCGAAGGGAAUCUUCGUGGAGGUCUCCAUCGUCUUCAUGUUCCACUCGCUAUUUAUGACGAAGACUGAUCAAACUGUGAAGGUUCAAUGCUUUUACAUGGAAGCUGAUAAGCAUGUGACAGUGCCACUUUCUGUGAGGUAAGUCAUUUUUAGCUUUAACUCUCGAGCCUCUUAUCUCCAUUUUUAGCAUGAUAACUACAGUAUUCCGUGAGCAAGUCUAUCAGAUGCCUCAGUGCGCGUACACCCUUCGAAAAGGCGCUCCGGACGGUCCGAUUGUCAAGUUCGCCACUCUCGGACAAAGCGUCUACCAUAGGUGGGAGUGUUUGGAAGUGGAGGGAGCCGACAAGGACACCUUCGGAAUGCUGGUCCACUCUUGCUACGUGGAUAAUGGGUACGGAGACCGAGUGGAUAUUCUGGAUCAGAAUGGCUGCGGCCUCGAUGCGGUUCUCUUAUCAACUCCGGAUUACGACACGUCUCUGCGGCUGGCAACAAAACCCUACCACGUGUUCAAGUACGCCGACCGUCCGGUGCUCCAAUUCCAGUGUCAGAUCACGCUUUGUCUGAAGUACGACGGCGGAUGCGAAGGGAUAACUCCCCCGCAGAACUGCAAAAAGUUGCCGGGCGAGGAUGGAAACCACCACCACCACCAUCACGAUCAUGACAGUCGGAGGAGGAAAUUGGUGCGGAGAUUGGCCGACGCCGUGGGCACUAUUGACGUGUUCACCGAUUCGAUGACUGUUUUGGAGCAAGAGCCCGCUUGUAAAGAAGUACGUUUUGUGAAGUCUAAAAAAAGUCCCUUCUGAUUUUUUCAGCCCUUCCACUAUCAGUUAGUCGACGCCAACUCUUGGAUAAUCGGCACGAUCACCCUGGCCAACAUCUUCGUCUCCAUUCUCACAAUAUACUUGACUUUCAGACGACGUCGUUGCAAGCCCGCCUAG